AUGCGCUCUGUCUCCUCCGACUCCGACUCCGACUCCGCGCCUCGCUCGCCGCCACCGCUUAGUGCCCAGAUCGCCACUCAGCCUCUCUCCUCCCCACAAAUCCAACUCAUUAACAUCAAGUCCCAUGUCCCUGUUGUGCUCGACCUCCAUGAAUCCAACUACGGCGUCUGGCGGCAGAUGUUCCACGCCGUCUUCGCCAAGUUUGGCCUGACCGACCACAUCGAUGACUCCACUGCGCGCGGCGACUCGGAGUGGAUCCAAAACGAUUUCUCCAUCGUUUCCUGGAUCUACGUGACCGUCUCCGGCGAGAUCCUCCAGAUGGUACAUACCGAUGACGAUACGGCUUACGUGCUCUGGCACGCUGUCCGGUCGCUAUUCCGCAACAACAAGGAGGCGCGAUCCAUCUACGUCUCCGCCGAGUUCCGGAACCUUUACCAGGGCGACAUGACCGUUCUUGCCUACUGCACCAAAAUGAAGACUCUCGCCAACACACUUCAUGAUCUCGGUGCUCCCGUCGAGGACCGUGAUCUGGUGCUAAAUGUCCUUCGUGGCCUGAACCCACGAUUUCAUGGCGUCAUCCCAACCAUCACGAUGCACCCGCCGCUUCCCUCCUUUUUGCAGGUGCGCUCUUCUCUGCUCCUCGAGGAACAUCGUUUGGCGCAAUCCGAUCGUCUUGCGCAGUAUGCUGCGCUCCUGGCGCAGGCACCCAAUGCUUCACCCUUGGGUGUUCCUGCCUACUUCGGCUUAGCCGCCAGCGCCCCUUUCCAGACAGCUCCACCACCCUCUUCUUCCACGCCUUCCUCCUCGAGCACCGGCGGCAAGAAAUCGAAGCCCAAGAAGAAGAACACCGACGGCUCGACCGCCGGCCACAACCGCUCGAGCUCUUCAUCUCCGGCGCCUCCCAACUCCAUGGCUGGGCUUUUCCAAGCCUGGCCUAUGCAGUACCCGAUGCCUCCGACCUCUGCAGGCGUCCUUGGUGCUCGACCUGGCGUUAAUCUUCAUCAGGCGUACCAUGUCGCGCAGCAUCCUCAGCCUGCAACAGUCCUCUGCAUCACCGUCCUGGGAUCAAGCCUCUCUGAUACAGGCUCUGAACAACAUGGCGGUGAAUCCGAACUCCUCCAACAAUGGUGA